GAAAAGAUGCGGUAAACAAAACCGCUCAAUAGGAGAGCAGACUGUUCCCCUCGACGCGGAGCGACCGUACCAACACAGGCAAACCGUGCUAUACGAGAGAGCGCGUGUUUUUUCGUACAUCCACAUUCUGUACAACCACCACCCAGCAGUGCUGACCGGACCGGUCGGUAGCAGCACCGAUCGAUACGCGAAAAUACAGACCGGGAACGUAUUGCCGCCGUAGCUCGGGUGUUUUAGUCCGGCGGCGUGGUAAUUUGUUUUGUGUUGCUAACGAAAACAUUGUGCUGGAAAAUUAAAUGGAUAAUGCGCCCUCCAGCUCCAAGCGGCGCCGGCGCGCUUUCACCCUGACGGAGAAACUCCGCAUCGUAAACCUGCUGGCCACCGGGAUGGGUCCGACGGCAAUCGCUCGCGAGUACAACGUUAACGAAUCCUCCAUCCGACACAUGCGUAAACAGGAGGCCGCUAUCCGGGCCAAUGCCAACAGUGUGACGCCGACGAUGGCCGCGGGUUCACUUAGAACGCGGGCCCUUCGCUUCGUAAAGACGGAAGCCUGUCUGAUGGUGUGGUUUGACGAUUUGCGUGCCAAACGAUUGCCGGUUUGGUAUACGAAAGUUCGCACCAAGGCACUGCAACUGUUCGAACUCGUCCGGCAGGGUGGUGCGUCCGCAGAUGAAGGCGGCUUCUACGCCAGCAACGGGUGGUUCGAAAGGCUCAAGCGAAAAUAUCAACUGUUGGAGUUGCGGCCUCAUCAGGAUCGGGCUCCGCCCAGCGAAAUCGAAUUCAAGCAAUCGUUUCUGUCUAUGGUUGAAGAUCGUGGUUUUACGCGGGAUCAGAUUUUUUCGGUGGAAAACACGCCAUUCUGGUGGAAACAACUGCCGGGACUAAACGGUGCGGAAAAGUCGACCUUGAUCUUCUGCAGCAAUGCAUCCGGUGAUUUUGUUGUAAAGCCUAUUCUUCUAAACGCUGAUUUUAGCCAAAGUGUAAACCCUGUCGAAUCGUCAUUUUUGCAACAAGACCGGGCCGGAUCAAUAACAGAACAGGAUCUAAACAGUUGGUUUAGCGAUAUAUGUGUUCCCGAAGUUCAAAACUAUCUCCGGCGGAAAAGGUUACUCGUUCAAGCGGUACUAGUGCUUGCCCAUAAUCACAACUUCUCCCCGAAGCUACAGAACCAGGCGAUCGAUGUCGUUACACUACCUGCUGAUUGUAACUCGUCUUGUCUCCCGGCCGCCCAAGGAAUUCUGACUCAUUUGAGAGCCGUGUACAUGAAGCAGGUGUGCCAAAAACUUACCAGAGAAGUUAACUCAGGCAAGUCUCUCGAGGAAUCGUGGAAUCUCUUUUCGAUCACUGAUGGAAUAGUAGCUUUGGAAAGGUCAAUACACUUUUUGCACAAGUCAGUUCUAAGAAACGGAUGGGUUAACCUGUUGGAUACAGAACCGGAACAAUACUUCAACGCUGGAAUUGUUAGUGAUAUAGUAAAUUUGUUGCAGAAACUGGGCCUGUCCCAGAUGACACAGGAAGACAUUCUGGAACAAAUCACACCGCGCGAGCUUACCAAUGAAGAGAUUUUAAAGAUCUUUCACCGGCUACAGGAGGAUCAGGAACGGGAGAGUUCCAUCAUUCCCAGUUCGAACGUAGCUGAAGAAAUUGUUGAGAUGCGAGAAGAAUCGGUCGAGCAGAUCGAUCCCGCUGAACGGCAUGCACUGAUUGGACAGAUUGAAGAGCAUCUAGCGGCGCUGGCGAAUGCGCAACACUUCUUCGAAGGGCUGGACAAGAAUAGAAUGCGGGCCCGUGGCAUAACGAAACGCUUGCAACAGGUGGCCUCGUUGGCUAUGGAAAUGAGACACGAAUUGAUGCCGGAGCAGAAUUCGCUUGAUAUUGAAAUCAAAGAGGAGGUUAUUGAGCUGGAUUCAGACGACGAUCCACUGCAAUAAAUUGUUGAACUGAUAAGUGGUACGGCUUCAUUUUUUUAAUUGACAAAUACUAUGAUGACUUUUCCUUUGAAUUGUGUGGUGAU